CAGCUUCCAUCUCUGGGGAUCUAGAACUAGAGAAAUAGAAAUUUCGGUGCACAAGAUAUAUUUAUAAUCUAGGCUGGUUUUUUCAUUCUCCAGAGGCAGAGGUGCGCAUCGCAAUGUUUUCAUUUGUGGUUGAUUGAAACUCAUCAUCGUUGUGACUACUAGUAGAAGAUCCAGAACUAGAUGCGUUUUUUGAGCUAACAGCAUCAUCCCUCAUCACAUACAUUCCAUCCUCGUGUUUGAAUCUCCCGCAAUUAGACAAGAAAAAAUGCCGGCAACCAACUAUGACAAGUGGUCGAAGUUUGCGGCCGACCUGUGCACUGACUCUGAGGAGGAAGAGGCUAACUCCUUCGAUAAGAAGUUCACGGAGAAGAAGCACAAGUUUCUUGCCGUCCGACCCAAGGCCUACAUUCCAGGUGGGAAGCAGAAGCUGUGCUCCGAGGUUUUGAAGCCAGUAGCGACAGAGCUGGGUCAAGCAUGCUUGUUGGACGGGAAAUGGCGAGAAUAUGGUCGUCAGGCGAACCAGAAAGCUGGAGGAGCAUCGCGGGAGGUAGAGCAACAUGAAGGUUUCACUGUGGAGAAAUUUGUUCCUGGAGAGAAAGACGACACAGCAGAACAAGGCUUAGGGGAUCAUCCAUUCGGUUCCACCUCUAGUGAUACAAGUUGUACCAUAUCAUCGUCAACUACAUUCACCGGUUUCGGCUGGGACGCAGUCCUCCAAGAGCGCAGUGCAGUCGGCAGCACGUACUUACCAGGUUACAACCUCGCUUCCAAGGAAACAAAGCUCUGGAAAGCUUGGUAUGACGACUGCUUUCUCCAGAACCAAACGGCAGAGAACCCCGCAGCUCGUUCUUUGAUCGGCAGUGCGGCUUUAGGUGUCUUUGUUGUGGCCUGUUUGGAUCGUAAAACCGGUCAGCCGAUUGACAUCAGCAUCAAAGACGUGGCGGAUCUCGUGUACAAGAGGGGAGAAGGAAAGGACGCGGAGAAGAUUGAAAUGGAGAUUAUGCAACAAAGAGAACAGCAGAAAAAAUUAGAGGCUAUGGGGAUGAAAAUGACGCAGAUGGGAGUUUGAGCAGCCAGAUGUACUUACUCGGAUUAUUGCAGAUGCCUCGGAAUAUUAAGGGUCAACAACGUCAAAUCAAACAUAGAAGAAAGAUGAAUCUGCGCAACUACCCUUGUUCGCCUUUGUUCGCAUAGACCGCGACCUGUCUACCCCCAGCAGUCCUCACACUUCUCAGUCUUCUCAAGCAGCCCCCUGUUUGGAUUAGAACAAAAACUUUUUCCUCGUUUGCCUUGUCUGUCUCGCAUAAUGCAUACAUAUUUUCUUAUCUCAAUAGAGAUGCUGUGGGCGUGGGGUCGCUCGUUCGUCCUCACUUUUGAAUCAAGCCUUGUGUUGGAAACGUUCCUAGUAGUGUGAGUGUGCUGGUGGUCUCUGUGAUCUUCAU